UGUGAAACAGCAAAACCACGACAAUUAUAAAAGGCAACUUCUGGUUGUCCAUGUCAUCAUCCUCAACCUCUCCGAGAGAGAACCAGAAACUGAGAACGCAAAAGGAAGAAAAACGCGUGUUUGGGUUAUCUCUCUCUCUUGAAUUUGGCGCGUUCAAUCCUUUCAAAAGUCUUCAUUUCUGGAUUUUUGGUUGAAGAUGCGACGCUCUUCUGCAUCCAAAAAGACGGGUCAAUCCUAUUCCACUCCCACCGCCACCGAUCUCUUCCGCUCCGCUUCAAGUAAAGCAAGCUCGAAGGAAUCUGAACGAAUUGAUAGUUUAUUCUAUUCAUUUGCUAAUGGGUCAACCGGGAUGAUUGACCCAGAGGGAAUCGAAACACUUUGUGCUGCUAUGGAGGUUAAUCAUACAGAUGUGAGGGUUUUGAUGCUUGCAUGGAAAAUGAAAGCUGAGGAGCAAGGAUAUUUUACAUUGGACGAGUGGAGGAGAGGCUUAAAAGCAUUGAGGGCCGAUACAAUUAGUAAAUUGAGGAAGGCACUUUCAGACCUAGAAAAGGAGGUCAGCAGGCCAUCAAACUUUGCAGAUUUCUAUUCAUAUGCUUUCCAAUAUUGUUUAACAGAGGAGAAACAGAAAAGCAUUGAUAUAGAGAGUAUUUGUGAGUUACUUACUCUUGUUUUGGGUUCAACAUUUCCGCCCCAAGUCAACUCAUUUGUGGAAUAUUUGAAGACUCAAAAUGAUUACAAGGUCAUAAACAUGGAUCAAUGGAUGGGAUUUUUCCGCUUUUGCAAUGAGAUAAGUUAUCCAGCCCUUGAUGACUAUGAUCCUGAGCUUGCCUGGCCCUUGAUCCUGGACAAUUUCGUUGAAUGGGUGCGAGAAAAGGAAAAAAUAAUCUGAUAAGCCAUUUGAUUCUCUCUAUCUGCAAUCAUAGCGCUUGGCGACAGCUAAAUCAGACAGACAAUAUAUAGUGAUGCGUUGUGGCUGGUUUAUUGUACUUAUUAAAUUAUUGUUUCUUAUUUUUGGCAUUUUAAACACAAACCAUUGUUAAUUUUUAAAUUUUCCAUUAUAUGCUAUAUAGGAGCAGUUGAGGCUA